CGUGAGAAGCUCGCAAUUAAAAAAAAAAGUCAGACAUUGGACGAAUAUCGUAAGAUUGCCAUCACUUUCAAUACUAAAUCAUGGAGCUGAUAAGUUAGUAAUAUCAGGGAUAGUUGAAGCUAAAUGGUGUAUUGUGCUGAAAACGCUUCGAUAUUGGUCACUCUGGCGGGGGUUCCUGGAAUGUCGUGCGGAGAUUUCGACGAACUCGCGCACACAAAAUGGUUUGAAGAGGGAGAGAGCGAUCAACCGACCGACCAACCAACCAACCGACCAACCCACAGAGUGGUUUGUAACAGACUUGGUUUAGUUGGUAGGUUCUGGCGACGAUGGAUAGAUGGAUGGAUGGAGUGUGGUGGUCUGGGUUGUUUUGACCAGGUAAUUCGAAAUUCAAUCCACUUGAAAAUAGUAGUUGCUCUUCCUAGCAUCUGGCAGUCCAAACAGGGCGAGUGAAGUGAGAAGCCAAGAAUGUUGUGAUCCUUGUGGACCAUCUUGUCCGAUUUCUCCUGAGCGACAUCAAGUGCAAGGCCAAGAGCAUGUUGGCCAAAUUGAGACGAUCUGUCUCAUCGGCCUCGUCAUCCUCGGAGGCUCAAGGAUUGGGGCCGCAGCCUCCGCCAGCAUUGCCCAAAAGAAACCCAGAGUUGGGUUUUGGUCGCCGAAAAGCUCCUCCUCCGCCUCCAAUCAUGGAUAAGAGCUCCAAAUCCAGAAUUGAUCUAGUCAGAAGCAAUAGUAUGGAUCGGGGUUACUUCACCCAAAAGGACCUCAUGAGCAUGAGCCUCAUGAAAGAGGACAUUGAUUUUGAAGAACCCAAUGAAUCAUCGUAUUUGAGUGCUUCGACCAAUGAUGUGUUUGGAAUUAGCUGUUCUGGACGCCAUUCUCACGUAUUGUCACCUACUAAGGAGACUCUCAUGGAACACAAUUUGAACCAUCUCAGAAUUGGAGGUGACCCGUCUAAUCAAAAGAGAGAAGUCGAUGAAUUAAGAGCUCGUUGCGCCCAAAUGGAAAAGACCAUGAGAUGGUGGAGUGAUUGUACCGCCAAUUGGCGAGAUAAAUGGAGCAAAGUCAGAUCCGAGAGGAAUCGUUACAAAGAUGAACUCAAACGAGUUCAAUCCAAGAUGGAAUCUCAAGCACACGAGAUUAACAAAUUGAAACAUGAGCGGGAUCAAGCUCGAGCCAAUUUGGAGCUCAGUUCCAACGAGCCAUCCUCGCCCCAGGGUUCAAAUACCUCGUUCCGAAUAUUCAAGAAACCGAGUUAUGUCGGGAACCGUGACCAGGGUUGCCAGACAGAGACAGCUCGAGGGUCAGAAGUGUCCAAAACGGAAGCUCAGUCUCAGACAGAAGGACCCAAUCCAGGGCCGUGUUCCAUUGAUGACAUGGACUUUGAUCUCACGGUGACCAGUGCCAAUUACAUGGUCAAUGGUCCCAAGAAACCGAUCCCUGGAAUGAGGGGACCAGAGGUCGAGGUUCUAUCGCCGGCCAGUGUUGAUUCUGGAGUGCCUCAGAGUCUGGAAUCUCAGUCGGAGAAAACGUUCCAAGACGAGGAUUGCAACCAGAUCUCUCGGUUCCUGAAUGAUGCCAUGACCUUGGCUGGAUCCGAACACGCCACCAUGCUCAAAUUCCGAUUGGACGAGGCUCUCAAAACAGUUGACGCUGAACGAAGGGACAAAUCGGAACUGCUCUCAGAGAUCGAGUCUUUACAUUCUCAAGUCACGGCGGUAGAAUCCCAAUGUGACGAGCUCCGUAUCGCCCGGCAAGAAACUUCGCGGGACUUAUUGUUGGCCCGAAAUCAAGGCCAAGAACAAAUCCGAAGCCUCCAACUCCAAUUGGAGGAUCAAUUGGCCAAGAAGAAUAACUUGGAUCAAAUCAUCGGCCACUUAAGAGAAGAAUUGGAGAGGCUGCAAUCUGAGAAUGCAGAGGAAUGGGGACGACGGGAACGACUCCAGACUGAGAAGCAAAAUGUGGAGCGAGAAAAUCGAAAGUUGCGCAUGCAAAUCGACGAACUUCGGGAACGAAAUCGACGACUAACAGCUCAAACAAAUGAGCAUACAUCAGGGGAGUUAAACCGGUUACAGGCACAAGUUCAAAGCUCAUCCCACGAGUUGGUCGAACUCCGACACGCCCACAAUCGAAUAAGAAAAGCUCUGGCCGAGAAAUCCGAGGAACUCGUACAUUGGCAACGAAAAUCGGAUUCCUUCGAAAAAGAAGUCAAGAAACUCCGACAAAGGAUCGAAGAACUGAAAAAGGAGCUGGGACGAGCCGAAGACGAACUCGACUCCGAGGCCAACACCAUUAGGAGGCUACAAAGAUCCAAUGAAGAGCUACUGGGUCAAGCGGAGGGAUACCAAGUUCAAAUCGAGCAUCUCACCUCACGAUUGCGAGCUCUCCCGCAAAACCAGAUCUUGCCAUUUCGUCGUCCAAGCCGACUGUUCCCUAACCAUCUGCCGGAUCCAAUGAUCAAUGCAGAAGUGGAAAGUACGUUCUCAUCGUCCGAAGAGAGCCUACCCAUUUUUGACGAGGAUGAGGACGACGAUCUGGAUCUGGAUCCAGUCGAUGAGGCGUUAGUCAGUCAUGAAAUCGAAACGGAUGUUUAAUGUGAAAUAAAGAAUGAUUUAUCGCAGACAA